AUGUUUGCAAACAAUACGACCAAAAGGAAAGACCUGUUCAUCACGAGUAAAGUGUGGAGUACUUUCCACAAGCGGUCAGCAGUGGUCGAGGCAUUAAAGCUAUCACUCAAUAAUCUGGGUCUCGACUAUUUAGAUCUGGCACUAAUUCAUUGGCCGAUUGCACUCAAGUCGGGCACCGGAUAUCUCUGGCCAUUAGAUGAAAACAAUAUGACUUUAGACGAAGACAUAAGUGUUGUCGAGACGUGGAAAGGCAUGGAAGACGCCUAUCGACUCGGUUUGGCUAAAAGUAUUGGCGUUUCUAACUUUAAUUCCGAGCAAUUGUCUCGUGUAUUAAAGCAUUCAUUUAUUAAACCGGUUGUCAAUCAGUUUGAAACACAUCCCUAUCUAUCGCAAGAAAAAUUGGUUCAAUUCUGUCAUAACAAUAGCAUUCAAGUUAUCGCUUACUGUCCCAUAGGAAAGGCAGACAAGGGUUUACUUAAUGAACCGAUUCUGACAACUAUUGCGGCCAAGAAUAACAAGACUGUCCCACAGUUGGCUCAUUCAGAGAGACAUUAUUUACAAAUCCCAUCAGUAAAUCUGGUGGACGGCCACAAAAUUCCGACCAUAGGUUUGGGUACAUAUGAUCUGACUAAUCAACAGGAAGUGAUGGACCGGAUUUUGAACGACGCCUACGAUCUCGGCUACAGACAUAUCGACACCGCAUAUGUCUACCAGAAUGAAGAGCUCAUCGGCAGAAGUUUGGCCAAAAUGUUUGCCGCGAAUAAGACUAGAAGAGAGGACUUGUUUAUCACAAGCAAAGUGUGGAAUGUGUUUCAUAAGCGCUCGCAAGUCGUUGAGGCCAUGAAGUUAUCGUUGAAUAUGUUAGGCGUCGACUACUUGGACCUGUCGUUAGUCCACUGGCCGCUGGCCUUCAGAAGCGGAACCGGAUUUUUGCGGCCUUUGGAUGAG